CUCCGCUAUACCGCGGUACAUUUUACAAUCGCGUACAGCGUACGUCUGCUCUCUAUCCCCGCUAACAUGUCAUAAUGCCCACUAUUUGAUACUGGCUUUCGUUUGUUUACAUCGUCGCGCCACCUCCGCCGCCGACGUCUGCACAGCGGAUGACGCGCCGAACAAAAGGAAUCGAGAUGAAGACAGCUUUAGACGUAGUCAAAAUGAAAAUGGAACCAAUUUACGGAGACGAUCCGUUAGAACCGCCGGGAGUGUCUACCGUGUGUGCUAAAUGUGAGUGCACAAUUGCAGAUAGGUAUAUUAUGCGUGUAUCCGGUCGAUCUUAUCACGAACGGUGCCUUAAAUGCACCACAUGUGGGUUGAAGCUAGAUCGGUCCUGUUUUGUGUGGAACGCAAAAUUAUACUGCCGUCAGGAUUACGACAAUAUAGGGCAAACACUUGCGACAGUUUGGCACAAAUCGAUGGACUUCAACCAGCGUGCGUACUAUCACCAGAGGGCAGGAGCUGAAUACCACUGUCCCUAUGUUAGCCAUCACGUCGGAUUAUCUGACAACAUGAAUGAGUACAAAUGA